AUGCAUAUAUUAGGUCCCUGCGAAGUUUCGUAUAUUCGAUUCGAUUCGAAAUCGUCGCGAAGCUUCGAUUCGAUUCGAUUCGAUGUUAAAGAUUCUAUCGUGUGUUUAAAUGGCGGAUAUGAAGUCAACGGAACAUGUACAUGCGUGGACGGAUUUGUUGGCUCCACGUGUGAGCGCCUUAUGACCGAUUGCUCUGAAGGGUUCACUUAUGGAUAUGUUGACGGCAUUUAUAAUAUCCAGCCUCCAUAUAUCACAACGUCAUUUCCGGCACUUUGCGCUAUGAAGUACGGCGGCCGAACAUUGAUGCAGUAUCGACAUUUACCAUCUGAAGACUUCUAUCGAAACUGGACGGAUUACCGAGACGGGUUCGGCUCGCUCGACUCUGACUUCUGGCUGGGUUUGGAGAAAGUCUACCAGAUUGUCAGAGAUCGCACCUUCGACCUCCGUCUUUACAUGCGGCUCAAAAACGGUACAUAUUACCAGCAUCGCUUUCUCAACUUCACCAUUAGUGACGAAGCCAGCGGCUACACGCUGUAUUUCGACUCGGCAGCUCCAUACUCUGUCGACCCGCUCGGCGACUCUCUCACAACAUUGAAAGGGUCAAAGUUCAGCACGAAAGAUGUCGACAACGAUAACUGGUCUAACGGAAGUUGCGCGGAUUUAUUUGAAAGUGGAUUUUGGUUUAACUCCUGCGCAGAUUGCAACCCCAACGGUCGUCUGUUGAAACCUUCCGACGGAAAGAGGACGGGCGCCAAGUCUGAGGUCUUCUGGACCAACGAUCUGGGAAACGACGUCCCAUACAGGACCCGGAUGUGGCUUGUGCGACAGUGA